AGCUUAUCAAGAACUUCUUCUUGCUCAUAGGGCCUUCAAGCGCAUGCUCGCUUUCAUAUCAGGCCCCUUAAGCGGUUUAUUGAACAGCACAUCGAAGAAUUUUGGCGCCGCAGCGUGAUAGUCUACGCGACAUGUUUCCUACAGGACAUGUUAUGGUCAUUGGACUAGAGGAUAAGACGUUUGACAAGCUGCACGAAAAGUUGUGCACGCUGCACAUUCACCAGGCAAGGCCAUCGGAAUGCUGCACUGCGAAAGCGACUGCAUACCAUUGUUACACCCGAAUGCGAAAAUACGAGGUUUGCGAGGUUGGGUGCAAAGGCUAAAUUGUGCAAGUUAUGCGAACGCUCCAAACCCCUUUAGCCGCCACAUCUGCUCGGUAAAGCACUUUGACUGGACGCCACAUCUCUAUGGCCUCGAAUCCUACCGCCUCCUUGGCUCGGCACAGAUACGCCGAUGGCUUCGACACUGCACAAUCUACUCCAGGAAACGUAGAUCCCGUGCAAUGAACCUCCCGAUCGCAAUGUCACCACCGACCACCGACACCACGUGGUCGUGCUUUGCUAUUGCUUGAUUCUUCGUGAUGAUGUCUUGACUUAUCUCUGUCCUCAAAAAUUAUCUCAAAGUGAUCAACACAGCUCCGCCUUCCAGCGGUGGCACAACAUCAUCGGGACAGACCAGAGCUUAAGCUCAUCCCUCCACAAGAAUGGCCGACGCGCAACGAACGCCGCCGAGGACCUCACUAGAAGAUCGAAAGGACCAUGAAAGAGACAAUAUAUCGAGACAGGACAGCCCGUCAAUUGACGACGUGGAAAAAGCAGCCAUACGACAAGAAGAUGGCCAGAAUACUUCCAGUCAAGAUCCCAAUAUUGUCGAUUGGGAUGGCCCCAAUGAUCCAGCGAACCCUCGAAAUUGGACAACGAAGGCGAAAUUGAUCAACACCGCUCUGGUCAUCGUCCUCUGCUUCUUGACUCCGCUUGCAUCAAGCAUGUUCGCGCCCGCCGUCCCAGAUGUCCUGCGAGAGUUCCAGACCAACGCCGCAACGAUUCCCGAACUCGUGGUUUCGAUAUACAUUCUGGGCUUCGCUGUCGGUCCUCUGUUGAUAUCCCCGCUGUCAGAGAUGUAUGGGCGAUACCCGGUGUAUUUGAUCUCGAAUAUCUUCUUCAUCAUCUUCACGAUUGCCUGCGCGGUGGCGAGCAGUAUGCCGCAGCUCAUCGUCUUCAGAUUCUUCGCUGGAUGCUUUGGUGUGUGUCCUGUUACGCUGGGUGGUGCGUCGAUUGCGGAUCUUGUUUCCCAGGAAAAGCGAGGGCUGAGCAUGGCCUUGUUUGGUAUGGGACCCCUUCUCGGACCAGUCAUUGGCCCCAUAGCCGGCGCUUACCUUGCAGCGGACGCGGGCUGGAGAUGGACUUUCUGGGUCAUCACCAUCGCCUAUGGCGUAUGCACAGUCGCUCACGCUCUGUUCUGUCGCGAGACGUUCUCCGUCACGCUCCUCGAUCGCAAAGCAAAACGCUUGCGAAAGGAGACAGGCAAUGUCUCCCUCCGCUCUAUUCAGGAUGAUGGCCUCACGCCCAAAGCUCGCCUUUCCCGAGCUCUCAUUCGGCCAUUCAAGAUGCUUUUCCUCUCACCAAUUGUCAGCCUAAUGGCAAUCUACGGCGCGUUCGUGUACGGAGUCUUAUACCUGCUCUACACGACGUUUACCUUCGUCUUCAUGGAAUACUACGGCUUUUCAUCCUCCACUGUGGGAUUGACAUACCUGGGAUCUGGUAUCGGAAUGUUCAUCGGGCUCUUCUUGAUCGGUGGCGCCUCAGACAAGCUUUUGAAGUCCAAAGCUGCGAAGAACGAUGGCGACCUGAAACCAGAGUAUCGACUCCUUAUCCUCAUGUACACGGGCUGGCUUAUACCUGUUGGGCUCUUCAUUUACGGCUGGACGGCAAACUACCAGAUCCAAUGGGCCGUCCCACUCUUCGGAACCCUACUUUUCGGUAUUGGCAUCAUUGCCGCCUUGAUCUGCAUUCAGCAAUAUGUCAUCGAUGCCUAUUCACUUUACGCAGCUUCCGCCACUGCCGCAAUCACAGUCCUGAGAUCAAUCGUUGGGGGUCUCCUACCUCUGGCAGGGCUGAGCAUGUACGACAAGCUAGGGCUUGGCUGGGGCAAUAGUCUGAUCGCGUUCAUUGCGUUGGGAAUGACGCCGGUGCCGUUCCUUUUUUACUUCUAUGGUGAGCGUAUACGCAAGUCUCGGGUUGUGAAUCUGUAGAGCAUUGAUGCAUAACUUCUCAAUUCAUCAUAUUUGACAUCGCCGCUGUGGCUGCAUGGGC